GCCCUGACGGUGUCAGUCGCCUCGUGCUCGUCCUAGGCGACGCACGAGGACCAGGGAAAGGGUCCCAUGCGCGCUCACCCCAAUUACAAUGUGUGAUCCAGGGUAAUCGUAGGAGCUCUGAACUUUAUUGGGCAUUAAAAUGAAACGGGACGCGUACGGUGACGACGGCCCUGCCCAGAAACGGCACCGGCAGACAGACGAUGAAGUCACCUUCCUGAUACCUAGCAAGGUGGCUGGGUCGAUAAUCGGAAAAGGUGGCAGCAAUAUAUCAAAGCUCAGAAGCCAGUACAAAGCCUCUAUAACAGUCCCAGAUUGCCCCGGCCCCGAACGGGUACUCUCCAUAACAGCUGAAGAUGACGAAACGCUCGUGGAAAUCAUUAAAGAUAUCAUGCCGUGCCUGGCAGAAUUUCAUAACCAGGGUGGAUCCAGGAUGGGCGAUCAAGAGCUGGACGUAAGGAUGCUGAUUCAUCAGAGCCGAGCCGGGUGCGUCAUUGGGAAAGCUGGUUCGAAAAUCAAAGAGUUACGUGAGAAAACCGGUGCGCGCCUGAAGAUAUUUUCGAACUCCGCGCCCCAGAGUUCGGAGCGCAUCGUUCAGCUGAUCGGGAAACCGGACUCGAUCGUGUCCGGAGUGCGCGAGGUUCUGGACCUCGUCAGGCAGGUUCCAAUAAAGGGUCCUAUCCAAGCUUACGACCCUCACAACUAUGAUGAUUUCUAUGCGGAAGAGUAUGGUGGCUUCGGAAAUGGUCAAGGAAGCGGACCUUCUCGUAGCGGCAACGGAGGAAUGCGAGGUCCGCCGCGUGGUCCGCCCCGCGGCAUCCCCCCCAUGGGUCCCGCAGGACGGGGGCCUCCACCUCGCGGACCUCCUAUGGGUCGGAGUGGACCCCCCGGUCCACGAGGCGGGUACAAUGACUUCUCCGGUCCGGGUCCCCGUGGAAAUUUCAACGGUCCUCCACGUGGUGGCUUCAGCGGGGGGAAUUUUGGGGGUAACUUCACCGGAGGUGGUCGAGGAUCCGGUUCAGGAGGUGGAAACUUCAACAAUAACGGGGGUAACCAACAGGAUACUUCGACGCAAGUUACCAUACCUAAAGAUUUGGCAGGCGCGAUAAUUGGUAAAGCUGGUUCCCGCAUCCGCAAGAUCCGAGCCGAGAGCGGCGCCGGGAUAGAGAUAGCCGAGCCGCUGCCGGGGUCCAAUGACAGGAUCAUUACCAUCACGGGCUCGCCCGGACGCAUCCAGAUGGCGCAGUACUUGUUACAGCAGAGUGUGCACGAGAGCAAUCCGAACCUUGGACGCGGAAACUUCUGAUUCCGGCAGUUGGAAGAAGACAGGCAAAUUUGUGGAGAUUAAAAAAACCCCUCUUAUCAGGUUUAAUUUUGUACAGUAAAUUUCAGGAGGCUCAUAUACCUAGUUGAACUGUUGUUCUUUAUUAUGGUCUAACCAGAAGAACUGCAAUAUUAAAAUGUAAUAAUGUAACGAACGCGACUAAUAAUUGUACGAGAUUACAAUUACAUAGUAUUUAUGUAUCACUAAGCUAGGUUUUGUUUUAAAUGUAUUUUUUCUGGAAAGGCAAUAAAUACUUCGAAGCAUUUAUCAUAAACAGUUGUAAGAGAGAAUAAAGAUUGUGUCAAUAUUUUUCUUUUGUUAUUCUGAUCUAUUUUAUUCGGUGAUAGAUGAAUAGAAUGAAAUAAAUAUUAUUUUAUAACA